UAAAUAAAUAAAUAAAUAACUAUAUAUAUAUAUGUAUAUAAAAUUGGUAUUUGUCACAGCUACAACGAAAGGUACAAUUGCUUUAUUAGAUAUUGCAAAUUUAAAAUGCAAAUUCAUUUCGAAACAUUCUGCUGCCUAUAUAACGAGUUUAGAUGCACAUCCGGAAAGGUACAGAAAUUUAAUUAAAAAUAUAUUUUAUGGAAUAAAAACUGAUACAUUCAUUUACAGUACUUAUCUUAUCACGGGAAAUAGAGAGAGUAUUUUAAAUUUAUACGAUUAUGAAAAAUGUAGCUUGAUUAUAUCUAGAAAGGUUCCAGAUCUACCAAAUUUGGAGACAAUCCUUAAUUACCAAAUGAAAAAGAAUCAAAUAAUUUAUAUCAGCUGUCCACAAAUACACGAAAGUUUGACUGCCAUUACUGCUCUCAAAUAUUCUCCAACAUGUACGUUGUAACAUACUCUCAAUCAACGUUUUUUUGUGGAUAAUAUUAUUAAUUCUAACAAAUGCUAAUACAGAAUUAUCUUUUUUGUCAGCUGAUUUACUCAUCUGUGGUAUGGAAAAUGGCACUUUAUGGAUAUUACAUCCACUAACAUUGGAAUUGUUAGAUGAAUUUCCUUACAAGCAUUCGUCUCAAUCUAUUCGUAAUGUUGCCUUUAGCAAAUGUUCGACUUACAUGGCUUAUUCCGUUAAGUAUAUUUUUACGAUAAAUAAAAUACUUAGAUAAAUGUUUAUUUAACUUACUUUUUUUUAGGAUGAUGCUCUAUGUAUCGUAGUGUUCAAAAAAAAUAAUUCAAAGUCCCUAAAUGAAACUAACAUUUGGAAUUUAAUUGGAAAAUGUCAUUCACAUUGUUUACCUAUCAGACAAAUAUUAUUUGGACCUUCUGUUAAAGGCAAUUCAGUUCCUCGACUUUUCUCUUUAGGAGAGGACAAAGAUCUUAUUGAAUAUGAUUUAGAAAUUAGGUAAACAAAAAAUUAUAUAUAUUUUAAUAUUUGUUAUAUAUAGAAUAUUAUACGUAUAUAAUGAUAUAUCUAUAUUAAAAUAGUGGACCAUAUCCGGAUCCAGGAUUAAAAAUUUUACAGAUCGAUCGAAUUGAAUCAAAAGCAACUCCUUUGUACAUGGAAUGGUAUCCGAAAUUCGGAGCUGAAACUCUUUUUGUGAUAUCGAAUUCUGAAGUAAUUUAUGACGUGAAAAUUGAACGAAUCAUAUAUAUAUAUCUACAUUUUACAAUUUCAGCACAAGUACAGAUUAUUAAAUGAUAUAAUAAGAAUGAUUCGUGGAACUUUUGUGAAUCCAACAUUUGAAACGCCUGUACAACGUUUUAAAGUAUUUGACAUUAUGGGAUUUUCAUUGAUUAUAUCAUUAUGAUUUUUUGUUUCCAGAUAUUACCAAAAGAAAAUAAUAACAUUUACAUGAUAUUUGCAACUAAUAAAGAAAUAGGUCUACAAAUUCUUCCUAUAGAUGGUAAUCCUUACACAAGUGUAGCAAUUACUGGACAUCCGUUUCAGAUCACUGGAUUUGCUGUGGAUUGUAAAAAGAGUAUCGUAUUUACUAUGGGAUAUAAAGACUCAUGCGUUUUAAUGUGGAAGAUAAAAUUCAGAUCAGUAAAAAUUAUGAAACGUUUAGGAGGAGAAGGAUUGUCUCCGUUUUAUAGUCUUAUAAAAGGUGGUAAAAAUGGUUGGUUGUUUAAUGAAAUGCAAGAUUUAUUCUACUACGCACAGAUUCUACAACAAGGAGAAAAUACGAUCGAAACAAGAAAGAUUUCCGAUAUGGCUUCUAUAAAACAAAUACCAAAUUUAAUGCGAGCUGUUGGUUAUUUCCCUAGUAACAAAGAACUGGAAAACAUUUUGUGUGAAGUAUCCUAUAAGAAUUAUGCGGAAACGGGACAAUUAUUGGAGGAAAUUACUUUCGAAGAUUUUGUUAAACUUUACAUCAAUCAUCGACCUGUAUUUGGAUAUUCUACGAAAGAAAUGAAAAAAGCUUUCGCAAGUUUUUGCGAAACAAAAUCGGUUAACGACGAAGAUUUAGUUUUAACUCGAGAUCAAUUUAUGAAUAUCUUACUUGGUACAUAUCCAGAGAAAAAUACCUUGGAAGAUAAACUUCUCGGUGAACCACUGACGUUGGAAGAAGCAUAUACAUACCUAAAACUGCUUAUUCCUUCGGAGGAUGCCAAUAUGGAACAUUUUGCAGAUUCGAAAGGACAAGUAUCUUUAAAUUUCGAUUUUCUACCAUCGAGGAUAUCUUACAAAGAUUUUGUCACGGUUAUUUUGGGUGUUGAUUUGUUGGAGAAGAUGAGGGCUGAGAAUAAAGUUACGUGAUGUUUGCCGCAUUGCCGAUACAAUUUUUUACUCAAUUUUUAUAUACAUUAAGAAAG